AUGCUUCGCUUGUACAUUACAGCUGUCUUCGCGCUCUUGUGGCACGCUGCUAGCGUCCACAGUGUCGCUCUCAAUCACGUCUCCCGCCAGGAGUGCCAGGCAACAGGCAAUCACUGUCCAAAGGGGACUAUCAAGGUCUCGGCCUCGGACAAGCAUGCCGAUUUUACCACUAUCCAGGCUGCCAUUGAGUCUCUGCCAAAUGAUACUUCUACUCAGACUAUCCUCAUCCUCGCUGGUACAUACAAGGAGCAAGUGAAUGUUACCCGUGCGGGUCCAAUCACUCUACUCGGUCAGACCGAUGCUUCUACAGACGCUACUAAGAACAAGGUGACUAUCACCUGGGCGGCCGCAAACAAGGAUAAUACCGGCAAGAGCGUGGACAAUGUGUACUCGAGUGUCCUUGUUGUCUCUCCCACCCUCAACGCCAGUCUGACCGGCUCUGGCACGACGGGCUUCCCGGUGCCGGAUGAUACGCCCUUUGGCAACAAGAACUUCCGUGCAUACAACAUAGAUUUCACCAAUACCUGGGCUGAGUAUAGCGAUGGACCCGCCCACGCACUGAGCUUCAGCCGUGCCAAUGGUGGCUUCUACUACUGCGGUUUCUAUUCCUACCAGGACACGGUCUACGUCGGCAAACUCGGCAACGCCUACUUCUACAAAUCCAUCCUAGCCGGCCAAACCGACUUCCUCUACGGCUUCGGCACAGCCUGGAUCCAAUCCUCCGACGUCCUCCUCCGCGGCUGCGGCGGCGGCAUAACCGCCUGGAAAGGCACAAACACAACCUUCACCAACAAAUACGGCGUCUACAUUGUGGACAGCAACGUCCGCGCCGCAAACACCUCCGUCGCCCCCAGUAUCGUCGGCGCCUGCGCGCUCGGUCGACCUUGGAACUCGCAGCACCGGUCCAUCUUUGCGAGGACGUACGAGGACGCCAGUAUCAAGGCUAGUGGGUACAUUGACUGGAUAGUCUCGGGCGUGGCGAGGUAUGAGAAGAAUGUUACGCUUAUGGCGGAGUAUCGGGUCUCUGGACCGGGGUUUAAUGCGACGGGACGGGCGGCGGGUAAUGUUACUACUGUUUUGGAUAGGGAUGGGUUUGAGCCGUAUAGUGAGCCUAGGAAGGUUUUCCAGAAUCAGGAGGGUGUGUUUGGGGAUGUGCAGUGGAUUGAUUGGGAGACUGUUUAUGCAAAGUAG